GUUGAACAGACCGGCGAGCUCUAAAAAGAAAAGCGACUGCUAAACUCGCGGCAGAAAGCGUUUCACUUCUCAACGACAUAGCGCAGUCUUGGACGGCGGCCGGACAGCGCUGCCUGCUGUACCGUUCUUCUGGCGAAUCGAGCGGAGAUGUUUCCUCGUCCAAAGGAUUACCGAGACUUGGAGUAGGCACUUGGGAACUCGGAGAUCUUGCGCGAGUCCAGCUCGGCGGAAGCCCUCUUAUCGAGGCCGUAGUUCUGUCCUCUUGGGUCUGGAGAGUGCGCGCUGCACGGUUCUCUUCGGGGGUUUCGGAACGACCAGGCGGGACUAGUCAACGGUCAUGGCGCCAGCGGCCGAGUACGCCGUGUUCGGUGCUCUUAUGGCGCUGAAUUUCGGACUCGGACUCUACUUCUCGUUACGGCGUAAGGCCCGGUCAGCGGACACCACGGCCGAAGUGUUUCUGGGCAGCCGGGCGCUGCGCUCGUUCCCGCUCGCAGCGUCGGUCGUGGCCAGCCUCAUCUCGUCCACGGGACUCGUCGGCUUCACGGGACACUUCUACGCGUACGGAUUCCACCUGAUCUGGAACGGCCUGAACACGAUAGCGGUGGCACCGCUGGUGGCGUGUUUGUUCCUUCCGGUCUUCUACGCCUUGCGCAUCACGUCCGUGUUUGAGUACAUCCGCCUGCGGUUCAACUCAGCAAUUUCGCUGACAGCAUGUGGAAUCUACCUGUUUUUGACGCAAAGUAUCGGCGCACUGUCCAUAUUCGCCGCCAGCUUGACCAUCGCCACAAUUUUCGGGGUACCCCUCUUUUGGUGUAACAUCGUAAUCGGAGUAUGCGGAACGCUGUACACGGCUCUUGGAGGACUGAGAGGCGUCGUGUGGACAGACUGCAUGCAACUCGUCUUCAUCCUGCUCGGUCCCGUCACGGUCAUCGCGAAGAUCAUUAUAGAUUCUGGCAGUUCUAUAGGCGCCUCGCAUGCACUGCGCGAACUGGAUCUUCGCACGUACAUUGCAAACGUAAAGCUGGAUAUCACCCACGACGAGAACGUCUGGUCAGCCCUCGUAGCAUCUACGACGGCUGCCAUUUACCGAGUUGGUUUGGACCAAGUUGUUGUUCAGAGAUGUAUGGCUUCACGAACACUUGGCGGUGCUCAGAGAACCGUCUUAAUGGGAUCAUUCAUGCUCGUCGCCGUUUACGCCGUCAAUUUAGCUGUCACUGUGGCUUUGAUAGUAUGGUUCUGGGGCUGUGACCCGAAGUUGUCCGGAGCCAUCGAGAGCUAUGAUCAGCUCAUCAUGACCACAUGUUUUCCAACAGAUUUUGCCGUACUAUGUGAAGGCCUUCCUCGUGCACAUCCCGGGUUUCACCUGGACUUUUCCUCGCUGCCGUUGUAA